AUGCAUACGUGUGCGUGCUUGUGUGCUAUAAGGUUUCAAUCUACUAGAGAAAAAGGAAGCAAGAACAAGAGGAGUGCAGUGGUAGUUACCGGCGUGCAGCGUAUCGAGCAGGUAGCCACGCUCGCGCAGGCCAGCCAGCACGGCGGGCAGCAGGCCGGCCAGCCAGCCGCGCAGCAGCGCCGCGCCCGCUGCUCGCGCGCUCACCUCACGCCCCGCGCACGCCGCGAGUUGCGCCUCGCGCACUCGCCGCUCCUGCGUCACCCUCGCACUUAUGACUUCGCCACACUACGCCCCUCGCACUACCGCGAUCUUACCCUCUCUGCCCACACAAUGCCACAGAAUAAAUAA